AUGGAAUAGGAGGAAUAGGAAACCAAAUGAGAUGAGAUAAAAAAAGAAAUGAAAUAGAAGGGAGAGAUGGAAAGGGAAAUUGGUGUAACAGGGUCGUACUCAGGAAAUUGUGCAGGUGUUGGACGCACUGCUGCAUGUCACGCGAGUAGAUGAGGAUGUCGUCCAGGUACACCACCACGCAUUCGUCCAAGAGUGGGCGUAGAAUAUGGUUCAUUUCAGCUUGGAAUGUUGCUAGUGCGUUGGUGAGUCCGAACGGCAUUACCAGAUACUCGUACGACCCAUACCGAGUGCAGAAAGCAGUUUUACGGAUGGAAUUGUCCGCCAUUCAUAUCUGCCAGUAUCCGUACCGCAGAUCCAGUUUGGAAAAUACCGUGGCUCCCCAAAGCUGGCCAAGGAGGUCAUCGAUUCGUGGGAUUGGGUAUUUGUUCUUGAUGGUAUGCUUGUUGAGAGCUCGGUAAUCGAUGCACAUGCACAGGCUUCCAUCUGGUUUCGGUGUGAAGAGUACUGGGGCACCGUAUGGCAAAGUAGAUGGUCGGAUGAGUCAUUUUCAUUGAGAUACUCGUUCUCUUUCUUCAUGUCGGCUAGCUCCGUGGGGCUGAGCUGAUAUGGUGCUCGGAAGAUCGGCUUCGAGCUUAGUUCUUCCACGAUCUCGUGUUGGUGCGCUCGGUAUGGCGGCAGCUCGUUCGGAAGGUCGUCGGGAAGAAUGUCUUGGAACUCCUUCAGUAAUUCCUUGAUUUUUUGUGGAGGUUCCGAGGUUUCCUCUCCGUCCCUUUCCCUAUCCGUCGCUAUCACCAGGAACCCAGUGUCGGUUCGCUUUACGUCCUUCUCAGAUCUUGCGAGUGUCUCCACUAGGAUAUCUCCUGUAUCGUCCCAAUUGGGUAGCUGGACUCUCCUUCCAUUCUUGUAGAUGCUUGCGGUACAAUUUACCCAGUUGAUCUCGCGGUUGAAUCUUUUUAGGAAGUCUCGCUCGAAGAUCAAGUCAAGCCCUUUUAUGUUGGUGAUGGGGAGUGCAGGUCUCCAGGGAGUGGUCCGAUUUGUAGGUGUAACACUGCUUCGCCGUGUACUGGUAACUUGCUGCCGUCCACCAUCAUUGUAGAGAAUGCUAAAGGCUUGUACUCUUCCCGAUUUCGGUCGAUUACUGCCUUGUCGCAGACUGUGUGCGAUGCUUCGCUGUCCACGAUGUUUAUCCUAUCCAAAGGGAAUAGACCCUUCUAGAAAUAGAUUCACCCUACGUGUAGCCACGUGAGGCUAUUGACUUUAAGGGAUUACGGCAGGAUUACGCUAGAUACAGCGCGCCAGUACAUCCCGAGCCGGGUCGGUGAUAUAAUCAUAAUAAUAGGAUAAACCAAGGGAUAAUGGAAUAGGAAACCAAAUGAGAUGAGAUAGAAAGAGAAAUGGAAUAGAAAGGAGAGAUGGAAAGGGAAAUUGGUGUAAUGGGGUCGUACUCUCACAAGCUCGAUACAAAGGCCGGGUUCUUAGUACUAGUCUGCAGCUAUGGCCGCGACAGAAGCUUGGGAUGGGAUGGUAGAACGUGAAAUGCGGAUUGUCGUAGAGGGCAUGCAGACUAUGCUUCUGCACAUGGGUGCUCCUCAUCAUUGGUGGCUUCUUGCUGCUCUCCAAGCGGCCUGAGCAUCACACUGUACGAGAUGCUUUUUGACGAAAAGCCUGAUCUGAGAAUGGCUCGUGUCUGGGGGUGUAUUCCGCAGAACAAGCAAGGAGGGAAGCUGGCACCUAAGGCUCGCUGGGCUCUCCGCCUGGGGGUCUCACAGCAAAGCAAGGGAUAGGUGGUGCUCGAUCUUGUGACCAAUCGAUUGGUCACCAUGGUGCAAGCAAUCUUCUACGAGAUGAUGUUGCUCGACGGGUGGAAGGCGACGCAGCAGACUCCGACCGAAGUCGUAGACCCAUCUGUCAUCGACUAGGCAGUGUCAUGGUCCGAUCUGGUUGUAGAAGUGGUAGAGACGGCAGAGGAGGAUGAAGAAGAUGAGGAGGCUGUUCGAAUUCCGCCAUCUGUGCCGAUUUCGACUCCUGGACCAACUCUGUCGCCGAUGAUGCCUUCCACUGUCGAAGUUACUCCGUCCUCAGCCGAUCCAAAUGCGGAUGCUUUUGCCGAUUCUCCGAUGGUAGAAGAGCCUGAUGCACCCUCUGCAUAGCCAAACUCCCCCUCUCCCUCUGCUUCGUCCUCUGGCCAGGAGGGGAGUGAGGAGCCACUCAGCGUCAUCCCCAGCGAACGACGCACGGCAGAGCGGCAGAAGAGUGUCGUAGAAAACCCGACCGUAGAGGAGUCGUCUUCCUCUGCCAGGGAGCACUCUGCCAAAGAAUCGCAUGCGGAGGUGCAACCCUUGCGGCGAUCGCUGCGCUCUAACAAAGGUGUUCCAUCGACUUGUUAUCGUGCAGCGUUGACGGCAUUCUCGAUGACCGCCCUCGAUGGCAGAGACGAAGAUGUCACACUGAUGGAGCUGGACUCUGCAGAAGAUCGUGUGGCAGAUCCAGAACGUCGUUGGGACAUUUUGAAGAUGCCUGUCCCAGCCGCUCUAAAGAGUUAAGGGCCAUGCGGUUAAAGCCCCUGGCUAUAAUAGUAGACCUGGAAACCACUUGAAUUUGGUGCUUUGAAACCCGUCUAAGUAUAGAAUGGAAGGUAGCUUUGAGUUCCAAGCCUGAACAAGAAAAGUGUGCAAAAACAAAUUCUAGUCGAGCUUGCUGAUUGGAGGAAUGGCGAAAGAACACGUUUUGCUGUUUGUUGCGACACGAUCAUUUGGAUGCGAAUUGCGCAAAAACACUGUGUGCAUCGUGCGGAGUUUCUACGAUGGGUUUGGGCGAGCAGCUUGUGACGAGGAAAUACAAGCGCAUUAUGAGUGGGGAAUUCAAGUGAUUUCCAGGUCUGCAAUUCCGGAAUCAGCUACUGUUCGCCAAAAAAACACUGUUCUUCUCGCAUUUUCACUGUUCCCGGAACCACGAAUUCGGUCGCACGACGCGUAUUGUACUGUUCACUGAAUGGUUUCGUGCAAAAACUGUCGCCAAACCGCCACGGUCAGAUUCCGCUUUGCAAAACGAAAUGUUUUUAUUCUGUUUCGUUUACUCUAAAGAUCAAGUCAUGUGCCAAGUUCAAGAGCAAAUUAAACAGCCCUCUUGAUUGCUAUUAUUGCCACGGGCUUUAAGGUAGUGAUGGACAAGGAGAUGCAAACUUUGUGGGACCAAGACCUUGGGACUUGUUUUUUCCACCGCAUGGAGUCAAUGUGAUGGGAAAUCGAUGAAUUCUUGCCACCAAGUAUCUCCCUGAUGAUACGGUAGACAGAGAGAAAGGGCGUCUCCUUGUACAAGGGUUUACACAGCUACCCAAUCUCGACUACAACUUGACGUAUGCUCCAAUCGGCACCUAUAUAACUGCUCUUCUGCAGCUGCUCAUAGCUGCGGCAUUUGAUUGGGAGCUGAUGCAACUCGACAUGACGAAUGUGUUUCUCAAUGCACCUAUCGAUCGUCCUCACUACAUGAAGCAGCCGAAGUACUAUGAUGACGGCAGUGGCAGAGUUUGUCUUCUCAAGAAGAGUCCAAAGCUGUGGUACGAGGAAUACGAUGGAUUUCUGCAGAGCGGGGGCUGGUCGAAAAGUCAGGUCGACGAAGCCUUCUACUUCCACGAAGUUAAGCACAAUGACAAGUGCUACAUGCUCGUCUACGUCGAUGAUCUGCUGGCUGCAAAUCGGAGCAAGGCGCAUUUGGCAGAGCUCAAAACUGUGCGUGAAAAUGCAUUCAAGCUUUGAGACAUCACUCUUGUAAAGAAGUACUUGGGAUUAGAGCUGGUCAGGGACUAAUUGCUCGAAAGAUCUGGCUCCACCAUAGAGGCUACAUCAAGAAGUUGCAGAGGCGUUUUCUGUUAGAGGGGCCUCCUCGACGAAGCCCCAAAACGUCGAAUUCUGUCGAUGCGUUCAAGGAGCUGACGUUCGACGAUGCAGAGUUGCAGGGGCGUACAGAGGAAGAGUAUCGCCAGAGAGUGGGAUCUCUGCAUUUCGCCACCUGCAUGACACGUCCGGACAUCGCUUUCGCCUGCAACAAGCUCGCGUCUGGGCAGACUGUUCGAAGUGAUCGGCACUGGAAGGAGCUCGAUCGUUGCAUUACGUAUCUCAUUGGGACUCGCGAUGUGGCUCUCGAGCUCGGCGGAGGAGCCACAGAUCUGCGCCUCGUCGGUUUCGUAGAUGCUGAUGAUGCUGGCGAUAGGCAGAGUCGUAGCAGCACAAGUGGCUACAUUUUCACACUUGGCGGAGCUGCAAUUUCGUGGGCAAGCAAAAGGAUCAAAUGUGUCACUCUCUCGCCCACAGAAUCUGAGUACAUCUGUGUUGUGGAGGCUGGCAAAGAAGUUCGCAAGCUGCGCCUUUUGCUAGCAGAGUAUGGGCUCCUCGACAAGGAUGAGACCACAAUGCUCGAUGUCGACAAUCAAUCUACCAUUGCUGUGUCUGAAGAGAUGGCGCUCAAGGGGAGCCUUAGGCAUAUGGAACGGUGGUACAUGUGGUUGCAGCAAAUGGUCGAGCGUCGUAAGCUGAAAUUGCAGUACAAUUUGACGAACACGUUGCCGGCAAAUUACUUGACCAAGGCCUUGCUUUUUCCUGAGUUUGACCGAUGCUUUGUCAGAGUGGGUCAAGUACAAUUGUUUGCGAAGGGGAGCAUAGAAGAAGUCUCUUCUGAGGAAGAAAAGGUGCCAUGACCCUUUUCAUGGCUGGUGUAGUGAUUCAAGUGUGCGAAGAAGUGCAGAUUCUUGCAAUUUCUUAUGUGCUCAUUUUGUGUGUUUUCCUUUCUUAGGAUUUCCGCUAGAUCGGUUCUCUGUUGGUUGGUAAUUUCUUAUGACCAAUGCAGGGGAACGUUGAGCAUAGCCAUGAUCCUGCAAAGGCUGCAGAAUUCUGCUGAAGCGGCAUAUCAACGAAGUCUGCGGACACGAGCCCUGCAGAAAGGCCUGUCGACGAAGGGCAGAUUUGUCAUGGUGAGCCUCUGCGGGAAAUGCUAGUGGCAGAUGAGCAGUUUCGUUGAAGUGGCAGAAGAGCGUUUCCGUCAAAGUGGCAGAAAAGCGGUUCUGUCGAAGUGGCAGAACAGGAGCGCAUUUUCUGCAUAUGGCUUCUACAGCGUCAUAUGGUUUUGUAGAAGCGAUCUCGGCAGAGUUGAGAGUGUACAGGACCCUCUGUCGAAUUGGCACCAGGGACCAUUCGCAGAAUGGUUGUCCUCUGCAGAAGGAACGCGCCGAACACACUUUCUGUAGGCGAUCCUUUCGGCAGAGUCGACUCUCGGAAAUGCGUUUCUAUCAGGACCUCGGGCAGACUGGCGCAAGGACCUGUUUUCGCAGAAUUGUGUUCUGCCGAAGUUCGGCAGAAAGGCAAUUUGGCUAUCUCUUCUGCAUUCGACCCCCUCCGCAGAGACGAAUUUCGGCAGAAGCGCGGCAGAGAGUCAUCUCGGACUUCACUUCUGCGAACGACCGCUUCGACAGAAAUCAAGGACUUCGUUUUCUGCCGAAGGUGGCUUUCUGAAAUCGUGAAAAUUUCGCGAUUUCGUAAGUUAACCACUACGGCAAAAUCUACCCGAGACAUUGAGAAAUUGAACACGUAGCACGCAUUUCGUAACUGCCGAAAUGUGCAUAACAUCUGACAGUUUUACACCUUAAACAGUUAACACAACUACUUCUGGGUGGGUAAAAAAAGAGCCACCUAAGCAUGUGCUGUAAUUUUUACCUGUCAUUGCUGACUUGGCUAAGCGCAACUUAGGGUAGUUAUG